CGUGGGGCUCCUCCCUGCCGCGCCCGCGCCCGCGGGGACAUAGCGCGGCGGCCCCGACGCAGGGAGGAGGGCAGCGCCCCGCAGUCGCGGAGGCCGGUCAUGGCCGCGGGGCCGCCCGCGGAGCGUCUGCGCGACGAGGCCCGGUGCCCCGUGUGCCUGGACUUCCUGCAGGAGCCGGUGAGCGUGGACUGCGGCCACAGCUUCUGCCUCCGCUGCAUCUCCGAGUUCUGCGCCAGGUCGGACGGCGCGCAGGGCGGUGUCUACGCGUGUCCGCAGUGCCGGGGCCCCUUCCGGCCCGCGGGCUUCCGGCCCAACCGCCAGCUGGCGGGCCUGGUGGAGGGCGUGCGGCAGCUGGGGCUGGGCGCGGGGCCCGCGGGGGCGCGGCGGUGCGCGCGGCACGGCGAGGACCUGAGCCGCUUCUGUGAGGACGACGGCGCGGCGCUGUGCUGGGUGUGCGACGCCGGCCCCGAGCACGCCGCGCACCGCACCGCGCCGCUGCAGGACGCCGCGGGCCGCUACCAGGUACAGCUCCAGAUGGCUCUGGAACUUGUGAGGAAAGAGAUGGAGGAGGCCUUGACUCAGGAGGCCAACUUGGGGAAAAAGACUGUCAUUUGGAAGGAGAAAGUGGAAAUGCAGAGGCAGCGCUUCCGCUUGGAGUUUGAGAAGCAUCGUGGCUUCCUGGCCCAGGAGGAGCAACUGCAGCUGCGGCGGCUAGAGGAGGAGGAGCGAGUGACCCUGCAGAGACUGCGUGAGAGCAAGGGCCGGCUGGCCCAGCACAGCAAGGCCCUGAAGGAACUGGCAGAUGAGCUGGAGGAGAGGUGCCAGCGCCCAGCCCUUGGCCUGCUGGAGGGUGUAAGAGGAGUCCUGAGUAGAAGUAAGGCUGUCACGAGGCUGGAAGCAGAGAACAUCCCCAUGGAACUGAGGACAGCAUGUCGCAUCCCUGGGAGGAGGGAAAUGCUGAGGAAAUUCCAAGUGGAUGUAAAGCUGGAUCCCGCCACGGCGCACCCAAGUCUGCUCUUGACUGCUGACCUGCGCAGUGUGCAGGAUGGAGAACUGUGGAGGGAUGUCCCCAGCAACCCUGAGCGAUUUGACACAUGGCCUUGUGUCCUGGGUUUGCAGUCCUUCUCGUCGGGAAGGCAUUACUGGGAGGUGCAGGUGGGAGAAGGAGCGGAGUGGGGGUUAGGGGUCUGUCAAGACACACUGGUAAGAAAGGGGGAAACCACACCGUCUCCCGAGAACGGGGUCUGGGCCCUGUGGCUGCUGAAAGGGAAUGAGUACAUGGUCCUUGCCUCCCCAUCAGUGCCUCUUCUCCGACUGGAAAGUCCCCGCUGCGUUGGGAUUUUCUUGGACUAUGAAGCCGGUGAAGUCUCAUUUUACAACGUCACAAAUGGAUCUUAUAUAUACACAUUCAACCAGCUCUUCUCUGGUGUUCUUCGGCCUUACUUUUUCAUCUGUGAUGCAACUCCUGUUGCCUUGCCACCUAUAACAGCAACAGAGUCAGGAAAUUGUGCAUCCAGGGAUCAUUUAGAUCCUGCUUCUCAUGUAAGAGAUGAUCAUCUCUAAAAUUCUGUUCCAAGAUGCAGUCCUAGCCUAGCCAACGUUCCUGGAGGGGUGAAGGAUGUCAACAUGCUAAGUUUUAACAAAUACCCUCAUUUAGGCCAGCACCAUAAUCCUUGUUGCUGUGGAAAUAUUUCUAUGGGACAAAAGAAGUAAUAUGAAAUAUUUGCAUCCGGGAAGAUUAUAGAGCAUAAUGAUUUUAGAAAUGGAGCAGCCUCAGCCUCUAUUUCUAGAUCACACUUUCUUGAUGAGUCUUCCUUCAAAUUAAUGACCUUGGAUUGCAUAAGGAUUUCUUUUCAUUCAUUAACAUUUUUUAUACCUUUUAAUAUCCUUUUAUUCCAAAUCUUCCAUGUAAGAAUUAACAUGGCAAUUCUUAAAUGGAUUCACAAUGGUGUGAUACUAUUCCAGUAUCACAUCCAUAAUUCUGUAUUUCUCCUCCUUUUCCUGAUUUUCCUCCUCAUUCUCUCCUUUCCCCUCUGUCUUUCUGUUAUUCUCACUCUUUGUCUCUCUCAUUCCUUGUUUCUUACCUCUUAUUGUUUAACCUGUUGUUUCCUUCUAAAUUAAUAUAUUUCGAGCCAUUCCUUUAUACAUUCACAUUGCCUAUGACGUUACUCAGUUACUUUAAAAAUCCUUUUUAUUCUGGAACUAAUUUUUAAGAAUUAUGAAGCUCAUUCCCCUGAAUCUAAUAUCACUGACUCCUAGACUUUUUCCUUUUUCUUUGGAUACACUCUAAAUAGAAUUUAUCAGAAUUUUCAUUCAACUUGUUCUUUGACCUAGACAUUUACUAGUUAUAAGACCUCAAGGCUGGGUGCAGUGGCUCAUGCCUUUAAUUCCAGUACUCUGGGAGGCUGAGGUGGGCAAAUCACAAGGUCAGGGGUUCAAGACCAGCCUGACCAACAUGGUAAAAAAUGUCUACUAAAAAAAAAAAA